GAGCGAUCAGUCCUACCGUGUCCGGUUCGAUGGUUGCACGUGACGCUCUUCGAAUGAUGAUAGAAACGCGCGCCAUAAACCGUAAUUAGUAUAAAAUAUAAUACUUAAAGUAUAGUUAAAAAAAAAAAAUAAUAAUAAUAAUAUUCGUUUUAAUAAAUAAUUUAUUGUUCGUGUCCCGAAAACGUAAAACCGUGUUUUAUCGAUCGUAAGCGAUUUAUUGUUUUGUGUUGAUUUUAUAAUAUUAUUAUCCAUUUCGUUUUUGGUGCGAUCACAGAAAUACGCGCGAAAAUUACCAUGUGGAUUACCGUAGAUAUGCCGGAUACCCGAGAGACAAAGAAAAAUGAAUGAUGCAUUCGGAAGCAUUGGUUUGGUUAACGACGGGAAUUGGCGGUCCUCUGUCGAUAGUAUGGCUGUGCUGGGCUAUUCUGGUGCUGUGGUUUGGCCGCGGCCAGUGGAGACCGUCGGACCCGCUGUUAAUCGCGUUGCUCGGUGAGGCAAUCGCCAAACAGAUAGCUUCGACCGCCGGAUCUGCGCUGUCGCUGUUCAGACCGGAUGAACCAGCGUUGUGCAGCGCGGUCCAAUGGAUGUGGACGGCCGCGCACACCAUGCAGGCCGGCACGCUGGCGUCGUUGGCGUUAAUGGCCGGGCUAAGACGCAAGAAGAGCACCGUCACCGCCGGCGGCCGACCGCUGUUACUCUACCAUUUGGCCAGCCUGUCGGUAGUGAGCGCGUGCGUGGGAGCCGCCUCGCUGAUCGCGCAGUCCGAUCCGUGUGCUCCGCCCGCGGACAGGCGGUACGCCGUCUUUUCACUGGUGCUUCACGCGGCCCUUGCCGUCGUGGCCUUCGCGUCCGCAGCGUUCGGCUGUGCCGCUGGCCGCAAAAAAGGGCCUCCUAAUCCGUUGCUGGUCAGCUCUUCGUCCGACCUGUCAUCGUGCAUGUCCGACUUGUCGACCGUGUCAAGCUGCAGUCGCGGCGGUAUUCGGCACAGCGUCAGCGACUGUAGUGACCGAGCGCCUUACCGGAGCGAUUGCGCGCUAGUCCACGACCUCUUGCGCUUACCGACGUCUCCUGCCAACGGUGCUCCUCUUACGUUUCUGAACGGCGGCCCCAGGGCGCUGAUGCACCAAGACCCUCAUCAUCAGUUUCACCUCGUCCAUCAGGACGACACGCUCCGCCGACUGGACGAGUCUAAGCGGCUCAUCGACACCAACGCCAUCGCCGCCACCGGUACGCUCGACAGUUACGCAACGUCUACAAUGGGCCUGCCGCCUUACCGGUACGGUUCCCGGUAUUUGCCGUCCACAACGUCCGUGUCCGCUUCUUCUACAAACAGUCGUACGUGUCUGGCCAAGCGGGUGUCUCUGGUUCAGGACGUCCGCAUAGGCUAUGUGGUGGCUAUUUUGUUCUUGUGCUAUUUCGUCGACCACAUACCCGUAUUGAUGCUGAUGGCUCUCGAACAUUUCUUACCGUCCAAAUUCACGCUCUCCGUCGAAUACGAACCGGUGGUCAAAAACUUCCCCAUGUUGGCCGCUUUAGCCGAGGCUUGUCUUUGGCCGGUCGUUUUGCUGUUGUUCGACGAUCAAUUUGUGCCCAGACUGUCGAACCUGUACCGCAGGAGGAGCGCGUCGGACAUGGCUAAACCGCCCCAAGGUUUACACGGCAAGUUCCGGCCUUACAACGGUUCCCUACAAGAAGCCCGGAGGCCUCCGUCGUCCAACUGCAGCGGCGGCGGCGGCACGGCCGGCAACGGCGAGUCGACGGCCGCGGCACACCGGUUUCCCAUCACCAACGGAUCGCUGUUCGCCAGCCUGGACGGACGAGUUCCGGUUUUACACAACUACAGGCGAGGAGCUAGAGCUAUGAGCGGUCUAUUGGUAUCGUCUUCGCCGUCAAACGGCCAAAUGCCUUGUUCGCCUCCACAUUUCAUUCACACACAAAAUUCGACACAGCCACCUCCUUUGUGUUGUCCGGCCGGCGAAGACGAACACUUCCACCACCGUCACCACAACCACCUGAGGUUCGCUAACAUGGUAGUGGCCUCGGCGGCGGCCAUCGAUUCGAUGGAGUGCAAAGAAGACGGAGCCACACCGGCGGACAGCCUGGACGAGGUUCAGCAGCGGUUGCCCCAAAAUCUGCAGCAGCUCCGGGAAAAGUUGUACGCCGACGAGGACGAGGACGAAGACGCCUCGAUCCGGGCGGUCGAACAGGACGUCGAGGACGCCGGAGCCGUACCCGCGGGCCUGGACUCUUCGGACGAUGGUGAAGACGGCAAUCGGGACGACGUCGACGACGAGGACGAAUGCGAGUACGCUACUAUGUCGGCGCGCAGCGUGUGCUCGGCCACGACAGCGGCCAACGACGAUUUCGAAUAUUUCGCAGCAGCGGCCGGCGACCGGUCGUCGUCAAAAGCCGGCAAUCGCGCGGCUUACCAACGGGCGCCCACCAGACGCGGCAGACAUCAUCAUCACCAGCAGCAACAGCAGCAGCCGCAGCCGCCGCCGCCGCCGUCGCAUCACAGGCCCCAGAAACCGACGCCUUUGCCGCCCACCCCUCCGACGCCUCGCCGGCCCAGACCGCGGCUGACCGCUAUGCUGUCCGUCGACUCGCUGGUGACGGCCGCUGCGGCCGCCGACAAUGUCGCACAUCAGUCUGCGGUCGCCGCCGCUUACCGACAUCGCCAUAAUCAACAGCAACAUCAACGACACAGGGGCGCCAGGAGGAUGCGCGGCCACCACGGUGGUAGCGUGCCAGACUUGAAACGCGUCUUCGUCACAGACUUUCUUUGACCGAAUGGGGUAGGGAAAGGAGAACGGAAUCUUAGGACAGACACGGCUUAAGGGGAGAGCCGAGUUCUAUUAAAAAAAAUAAUUUACAUAUUUUUCCCCAUUUGUAAAUCGAGCGUUUGAAAAAACACAAAUUCACCUCUCCACCCAACCACUUCUUGAAAACCAGCAUAUAAGACGUCACAGUUAACAGAUCAUUAUACAGAUUGCCUUUACUCUGGGACAUGGUUCUGUUUAUUAUUAUUACCAUUGAUCAUGUGUGAGUAUUAUAAAGUACACUCGAUCGACGGUAAUAAUAUUGUGUACGUAUAGUUUUUACACGGUUUUCGGGAAAACACUUUUUUCGUUUUUCGACAGAAUCAGAAACUGCUGUUUUGUUUUUUUCUUAUAGGGGUUUUUUUCUUGACGCUGAAGUGUUUGUCUGGGUAGGUGUGCGUUUGUUCGGUCAUAUUCAUUUCCGUCGUCCGAUUAGUUCUGGGCUAAAACAACUACACAACUGUAUGUGUUCUAUAAGCGGUAUUCAUUUUUGUCACACCACAACAGUUAUAAUAUUAUGUAAAUUGCUAUUAUAAGAAACAAAAACUGUUUGCGUUGUAAAACGUAACGCCGUUAAUAUUAUUCUUUGGUUUCUUCCGAGAAGAUAUGAUUAUUAUUAUUAUUAUUAUUAUUAUAUUGUAAUACUGAAUAGUAUAGUAGAUAUAGUAUCAAUAUUUAUUGAACCGCAUUGCUAUUGCUUUAUUUUCUAUUGUCAGUCUUGGACUCGUUGUAGCCAAUCGUAACCGUUUUCCCGGGCGUUUGCAAAAUUUGAUUAUUAUUAUUAUUUUUUUUUUUUUCAAUUAGAUAUUAUCGCUUUAGUUUUUGUAUAUUUAUAAUAACAUAAUUUUGAGUUCAGAACAUAUUUUUAAUUAACAACACGCGGUGCCAAUUUAUCUUUAGCAUAGAGUACACGAACAUAUUGUACGUUUAUAAUUAUUAUUAAUAUUAUUUUAUUAUUAUUAUUUUGUAAAUAACGUUUGUUUUUGUUUGUUUUAUUAUUACACUAAUUGUGUGUAUUGUUUUUAAGUUACUGUAACGCGUAUAAUUAUUUAUAAAUUAUUAUGUUUAAAUUAUAUUAUAAUACAAACAAAAUAACUAUAUUAUUAUUAUU